CUGUUGUCAUUUUCCUUCUUUCCCAAGGUUUGCAGCCACCAUCAGCAAACUAGGGUUUUCAAGAAUCCGUUCUCAUUUUCAAGAAUCUAAAACCACCCCGAGCUAGUGUUUUUUCAAGAAUUCAAUCUCAUUUUCAUGGCAGCAUCAGCUGAUGCCGCGAAUUUCGGUGGCAAGACGAGCGUCCGCAUCGUCGUCGUCGGCGACCGCGGCACCGGAAAAUCCAGCCUCAUCGUCACCGCAGCUGCCGAUUCGUUCCCCGACACCACCCCACCCGUGCUCCCUCCCACGCGCCUGCCGCCGGAUUUCUACCCCGACCGUGUCCCGAUCACCAUCAUCGAUACUUCAUCGAGUCCGGAGCACCGGAGUAGGCUCGGACAGGAAUUGAAGUUGGCAGAUGCGGUUGUACUGACAUAUGCAUGUGAUGAACCGGCCACGCUUGAUCGGCUGAGCACGUACUGGCUUCCAGAACUUCGUCGGCUGGAUGUGAAGGUGCCGGUGAUCGUGGUUGGGUGCAAGUUGGAUUUGAGAGAGGAGCAGCAGGUUAGCCUGGAGCUGGUGAUGUCACCGAUCAUGCAACAGUUUCGGGAGAUCGAGACUUGUAUAGAAUGCUCGGCAUUGAAACAAAUUCAGGUUCAUGAGGUUUUUUAUUAUGCUCAAAAGGCAGUGCUCCAUCCAACAGCCCCACUAUUUGAUCAGGAAACACAGACUUUAAAGCCUCGAUGUGUGAGGGCUUUGAAGCGGUUAUUCAUUCUUUGCGAUCAUGAUAGAGAUGGAGCUCUCAGUGAUUCUGAAUUGAAUGAUUUUCAGGUUAGAUGCUUUAGUGCUCCAUUGCAGCCCGCUGAAAUAAUUGGUGUUAAGAAGGUUGUACAAGACAAGUUGCCUGAGGGGGUUAAUGACCGCGGUCUUACUUUGACUGGAUUUCUGUUUCUUCAUGCACUUUUUAUUGAAAAAGGUCGUCUUGAAACAACAUGGACUGUCUUGAGGAAGUUUGGGUACGACAACGACAUUAAACUCAGGGAUGAUCUCAUUCCAGCUACAUUCAAGCGAGCUCCUGAUCAGAGUGUGGAGCUAACAAAUGAAGUUGUGGAGUUCUUGAAGGGGGUCUUCUACAUGUUUGACAUUGAUGGGGAUGGGGCCCUACGACCUGUUGAGCUUGAAGAUCUUUUUUCAACGGCACCAGAAAGCCCUUGGGCCGAAGGUCCUUACAAAGAUGCUGCAGAAAAGAAUGCGUUAGAAGGAUUAACCCUUGAGGGAUUUAUAUCAGAGUGGGCCCUUAUGACAAUGUUAGAUCCACGAAGUAGUCUGACUAAUUUGAUAUACAUUGGGUAUACUGGUGAUCUGGCUUUGGCACUCCAUGUAACUAGACGGAGGAAGUUAGAUCGCAAGCGACAACAGUCUCAAAGAAGUGUUUUUCAGUGCUAUGUUUUUGGACCUAAAAAUGCUGGAAAGUCUGCAUUGUUGAAUUCAUUAAUUGGAAGGCCCUUCUCUGAAAGAUAUACUUCAACAAAGAAUGAGCGUUUUGCAGUGAAUGUUGUUGAUCAACCAGGGGGAACUAAAAAGACCCUUAUAAUGCGUGAAGUACCUGAAGAUGGAGUUAAGGAUCUCUUGUCUGAUAAAGAGUCCUUGGCAGCAUGUGACAUAGCAGUGUUUGUGUAUGACAGUUCUGAUGAAAACUCAUGGCAAAAAGCAAUGGAUUUGCUUGUAGAAGUUGCCAGUCAUGGAGAUGACACUGGAUUCGAGGUGCCUUGCCUCAUUAUUUCAGCAAAGGAUGAUCUUGAUCCGUCUCCAAUAGCCUUACAAAAUUCAACAAGGGUGAGCCAAGAUAUGGGAAUAGAAGCGCCCAUACCUGUUAGCAUGAAGCUGGGAGAUUUCAACGUGUUUCGUAGGAUUAUCAGUGCAGCACAGCAACCACAUUUGAGUAUUCCUGAGACAGAAGCAGGGAGAAGCCGCAAGCAGUAUCGCCAGCUUGUAAAUCGCUCUCUCAUGUUUGUUUCCGUUGGGGCUGCAGUUGCAAUUGUUGGAUUUGCAGCUUACAGAGUAUAUGCCGCAAGGAAGAGUGCAUCUAGUUAAGAUCUCUCUGCUGCUUUUGAAGAUGAUUGGAAACCAGCAAUUUUCUUUCCUUUUCAGGAUGCCUGCCUCUUCUUUUCCAGCAUUUUAAAGGUAGUGUGUACAGAGAAGUUGAAUUUUCCUUUUAGGGUGGAGAAGUUUUUGGCAUUUUGAUGAUAUUUGUAACUCUGUUCCCUUUCCACCUGCAACUCCUCUCCUUUCUGGAGUCAUCCCUAAAUGGUCUUGAGAACAUCCAUCAAAUGAGUCAUUCAUAGGUGAAAGAAGCUAUUAUCAAUGAGUGAUUAGAUAAGAAAGUUGGGAGCUGUUAUGAGCAUUGAUGCAUUGAAGUGGACAUAGCUUCAACUGUUACAAAUUUUGUUACUUUGGAUUUUGUUCCUUCUUGGAUUGAUAAAUCAAAAGGUUGUAAAUGCAUCUGAAACUUUGAGCUUUA